AUGCAACAACAAGGUGAACACUUAUCUAGAGAAUGGGCCCUCUUGAAGGAUCCCGUCCUCCACACUGAAAGACUCGAAGCCAUUCGCUCAAAGAAGGGUUACAUUAUUGAUAUGGAUGGUGUCAUUUAUCAUGGUACCAAUCUUUUGCCUGGUGCCAAGGAGUUGGUCCAAUUCUUGCAAGACAAUAACAAAAAGUACCUCUUCUUGACCAACAACUCUGCUCCUACCCCUCAAGAAUUACAGCAAAAGUUGCAUCGUCUCGGUAUCGACGUUGGCGCUGAACAUUUCUUCACUUGUGGUCAAGCUACUGCCCUCUUCUUGGAAUCUCAAAUGCCCUCCGGAGGUACCUGUUAUGUCAUUGGUGAGCCUGGUCUUGCUUAUGCUCUCUACGAAAAGGGUUUCUACAUGAACGACCACAACCCUGACUAUGUCGUCUUGGGUGAAACCGCUGCUAUUAACUUUGAAAAAAUCACCAAGGCUGUUCAAUUAGUCCAACAAGGUGCCAAGUUGAUUGCUACCAAUUUGGAUGUUGAGACUCUGGAUUCUCAAGGCCGCAAGAUCCCCUCCACUGGUGCUUUUGCUGCCUCCAUUGAGUUGGUGACCAAAACACAAGCUUUCUACUGUGGUAAGCCCUCUGCUUUGAUCAUGCGUUAUGCCCAACGUGUCCUCGGUUUAAGCAGAUUGGAGACCUGUAUCAUUGGUGAUCGUAUGGAUACCGACAUCGUUGCUGGUAUCACUUCUGAAAUCGAUCCCGUCCUUGUCUUGUCUGGCGUCACUCAAAUGGAUGACUUGAAGGAAUUCGCUUAUGGUCCUUAUCUCAUUUUGGGUGGUGUUUAUGAGAUUCCUUCAGAUGAUGAAAGCCAUCGUGUCACUGAGGAAGAGUUAGAGGAAGCUAGCAGAAGAGCCUCCUUGUUGUAA